AUGAGCUACUACGGCAACUACUAUGGAGGCCUGGGCUAUGGCUGUGGAGGCUUCGGUGGCCUGGGCUGUGGCAGUGGCUGGGGAUGUGGCAGCUUCCCGAGACUGGGCUGGGGCUGGGGAGGCUACAGAUAUGGCUGCGACCGCCCACUGUGCUAUGGAGGAUAUGGAUUCUCUACCUUCUACUAA